AUGUGCUUCAGUUGGGUUGUACGUUUUUUUUCUGUCUGUUAUCAGUUAAGUGCACUGGUUGUCAUUUUUAAUAUUAUUAUUUAAUUAAAUUGACCAACGUCGUAUUCUCAUAGUGUCUUAGUUAAACCAAACAGACAACCAGUAAUAUGGCCGAAGAUGACGGAAAUAUGGAAGAAAACAAUAUUGGAGAUUUGAACACUAAGUUUGGUCUACGUUUACGUGGGCGAAAAGGUGCCUUGAAAAAGAAAAAUGUUUACAACGUCAAAGAUCACAAGUUUAUACCAAGAUUUUUUAAGCAGCCUACAUUCUGUAGUCAUUGCAAGGAUUUCAUUUGGGGAUUUGGAAAACAAGGUUUCCAAUGCCAAGUAUGCAGUUUUGUGGUGCAUAAACGUUGUCACGAAUUUGUAUCUUUUACAUGCCCUGGAGCAGACAAAGGUCCGGAUUCAGACUCUUCCAGGACAAAGCACAAGUUCAAAGUGCAUUCCUACGCUAGCCCGGCAUUUUGCGACCAUUGUGGUUCGCUAUUGUAUGGUGUCAUACAUCAGGGAAUGAAAUGUGAAGCAUGCGAUAUGAACGUGCACAAGAGGUGUCAGGAAAGCGUUCCAAACUUGUGUGGAUGUGAUCAUACUGAACGUCGAGGAAGAAUAGAAGUUAAAGUCACGUGCCAAGGAGUAAAACUUAUUGUUGAAAUUCGUCAAGGAAAGAAUCUCAUUCCUAUGGAUCCAAAUGGUUCAUCAGAUCCUUAUGUCAAACUAAAACUAAUACCUGAUACGGAUAGUAUUAAGAAGAAAACCAAAACAAUCAAAUCAUCUUUAAACCCUAUCUGGAAUGAAACUAUUACUUUUGAACUAAAACCGGAAGACAAAGACCGUCGUUUGUUGAUUGAGGUUUGGGACUGGGACAGGACGUCUCGGAACGAUUUCAUGGGGUCACUGUCAUUCGGCAUAUCCGAACUAAUCAAAUCACCGGUGGAAGGAUGGUUCAAGUUACUAACACAGGAAGAAGGUGAAUUUUAUAAUGUGCCAGUACCCGAGGAAGGAACCGACUUGGCCGCUCUGAAAAAUCAAAUGCGGGGCUCGAAAACUCAAAGUCGAAUUUCGAAAACUUCUAUUACAUGUAGAAAACCAAUGGUACCAGAUAAAGAUGUGCCACAUAAUAUGGGCAAAAAAGAUGUCAUAAGAGCAUCAGAUUUCAAUUUCUUGCAAGUACUUGGAAAAGGCAGUUUUGGAAAAGUAAUGUUAGCUGAGAGAAAAGGAACAGACGAGUUGUAUGCAAUUAAAAUCCUAAAGAAGGAUAUAAUUAUUCAGGAUGAUGAUGUCGAGUGCACAAUGGUUGAAAAGCGGGUUUUAGCAUUGUCAAGCAAACCACCAUUCCUCGUUCAGCUUCAUUCUUGUUUUCAAACAAUGGAUCGUUUGUAUUUUGUAAUGGAAUACAUCAACGGAGGAGACUUAAUGUUCCAAAUUCAGCAGUGUGGAAAAUUCAAAGAACCAGUUGCGGUAUUCUAUUCAGCUGAGAUCGCUAUUGGCCUAUUUUAUUUGCAUCUGAACGGUAUCAUUUACAGAGAUUUAAAGUUAGAUAACGUUUUGUUAGAUCAAGACGGCCAUAUCAAGAUCGCUGAUUUUGGUAUGUGCAAAGAAGGUAUUAUGGGCGAUAAGACUACAAAAACAUUCUGUGGAACGCCAGAUUACAUAGCACCUGAGAUUAUAUUAUAUCAACCGUAUGGGAAAUCUGUUGACUGGUGGGCUUAUGGUGUAUUGCUAUACGAAAUGUUAGUUGGUCAACCACCAUUCGAUGGCGAAGAUGAAGAGGAACUAUUUGCUGCCAUUACUGAUCAUAGUGUCAGUUACCCUAAGGGUAUAUCCAAAGAAGCUAAAGAAAUAUGCAAAGGGUUUUUGACUAAAAACCCAAUGAAACGUCUGGGCGGUGGUCUUAGAGGAGAAGAAGAUAUUCGAGGGCACGUUUUCUUCAGGCGAAUCGACUGGGCAAAAAUCGAAAACCGUGAAGUUCAACCGCCUUUUAAACCUAAAAUUAAACAUCGAAAAGACGUGAGUAACUUCGACAAACAAUUCACUGGAGAAAAAACAGAUCUCACACCAACGGACAAAUUGUUUAUGAUGAAUUUGGACCAAACUGAAUUCAUGGGAUUCUCAUUUCUCAAUCCAGAAUUCAUACAACACGUCUAACGGAUCUUCCACUCAUUCCUUUUUCAUCCCAUUCAAAAACAUAUUUUAUUUUUCAAUUCUAUAUACAGGGUUCUUUUUUUUAAUUUUUAUUCGCAUUUUCGUUCUAUUACUUAUACCGAAUUUAAAGAGUCAAUUUGUCAAAGUUAAAUAGCAAACGAAUUGUCAUCAUCUAUAAAAUUUUCUCUUGUUGACUCAUUUGUUUACAAAAUUUUUACCU